GAUCUAGUGGUUAUGCAUUGUGGGAAUAAUAAAGAUGGCGAUGUUGACACCCCUUCAAUGUAUCGCCGGUUAACCUGAACAAGUGUCCUGUAUUUGAAAGAGGAAUAUUUGCUGCAUUUAUCUGAAUUACCACCUCAAAUUAGAGAAUUACCUGUCCACAAUGAUUGGCGGAUUGUUUAUCUAUAACCACAAGGGAGAGGUGUUGAUCUCCAGGGUUUUUAGAGAUGACAUAGGCCGUAAUGCUGUUGAUGCAUUUCGCGUGAAUGUGAUUCACGCCAGACAGCAAGUGCGAUCUCCUGUGACGAACAUUGCCCGCACCAGUUUUUUCCACAUCAAGCGCUCUAAUAUUUGGGUGGCUGCUGUCACCAAGCAGAAUGUCAAUGCCGCCAUGGUGUUUGAGUUUCUACACAAAAUGUGUGAGGUCAUGGCUGCUUAUUUUGGAAAGAUUUCAGAGGAGAAUAUUAAAAAUAACUUUGUAUUGAUAUAUGAGAUUCUUGAUGAAAUUUUGGACUUUGGAUACCCUCAAAACACAGAUGUUGGUAUACUAAAAACAUUUAUAACUCAACAAGGUGUUAAAUCACAGACCAAAGAAGAAACAGCACAAAUAACAUCCCAAGUAACUGGUCAAAUAGGCUGGAGAAGGGAGGGCAUAAAAUACAGGAGAAAUGAACUUUUCCUGGAUGUUCUUGAGUCUGUCAACUUGCUCAUGUCCCCUCAAGGUCAAGUACUUAGUGCUCAUGUCGCUGGACGUAUUGUGAUGAAGAGCUACCUCAGUGGUAUGCCUGAGUGUAAAUUUGGUAUUAAUGACAAAGUCCUGAUGGAAAGCAAAGGAAAGAGUAGUUUGGAUGACAGUACAACCCGCGGUGCUGGAGCCGCUGCGGGGAAAACAUCCAUUGCUAUUGAUGACUGCCAGUUCCACCAGUGUGUUAAGUUGAGCAAGUUUGAGACGGAACACAGCAUCAGUUUUAUUCCCCCUGAUGGGGAGUUUGAAUUAAUGAGGUAUCGAACAACAAAGGAUAUAAGUCUGCCAUUCCGAGUGAUUCCACUAGUCCGUGAAGUUGGCAGACAAAAAAUGGAGGUUAAGGUGGUAGUCAAGUCAAACUUCAAGCCUUCACUACUGGCCCAGAAAGUUGAGGUGCGCAUUCCUACACCUUUAAACACCAGUGGUGUCCAGGUGAUUUGCAUGAAGGGGAAAGCCAAGUACAAGGCCAGUGAAAAUGCAAUUGUUUGGAAGAUUAAGCGUAUGGGGGGCAUGAAGGAGUGUCAAUUGAGUGCUGAAAUUGAAUUAUUGAAUACAAGUGAUAAAGGCAAAAAAUGGACAAGACCACCUAUAUCUAUGAAUUUUGAGGUACCAUUUGCACCAUCUGGAUUCAAAGUUCGUUAUCUAAAAGUCUUUGAAUCUAAAAUGAACUAUAGUGAUCAUGAUGUCAUCAAGUGGGUACGAUACAUUGGACGCAGUGGCCUUUACGAGACAAGAUGCUAGUUUAAGUCAGUAGCUGGUUGGUAUCCAUCUGGUCGUAGAAAUGUAGAAGUUUUAAUUUCGACUAUCACAGCUUGUAACUUUAGGUCUUGUGGGGAAAUCUUUCUGUACUUUUGGCGCCUUUAAAUUAUUUUGCUUUUAAGCAGAGCCUGGAUACUUGUGUUAAAUUUGUACAUCUCACAAUGAUUGCUGGUGGCUGAGAGGGGGUCUGGCUUUUAACAAGCUUAUAAUUCAUGCCAGUUAAAAAUUUAGUUAACUUUUUCAGCCAAACUUUUAAUAUUGCAAUCAGCUGUGAUAAAUUAAUUUGAAUUGCAGUGUAUCCACUGCAACAUUUUUUUAUUUGUUUGGUAGCUAACGAAGAUGUUUAAUUGUUUGUUGUUUUGGUUAGUUAAAUGUAAGAACAACUGUUGGGUGUCUAUGUAGCGAUGCCUGCUGGUUAAAAUGGAAUUUGUUUUCUACAAAAUCUUUGUGUAUGUAGGUAGCUGUAGAUUGAUGUAUAGACAGGAUGUUGUGGUCACAUGACCAGCUGUAACAAGAAUUGGUUUUAGUUAACUCUAUGGUCAACAACAAAUUUUUUUUAUUUUAUUAAGUCAUUGAAUUCGUGAACUUUUUCUUUAGACAAUUAAAUUUGCAUGAGGUUUUGUUCAACGAUUAUUUUUAAUUUUGUGCUCAUAUGUGGUUUUUUUUUUUUUUAUUUCCCUGUCCAGCCGUAUUCAUCACGAUAUAGCGUAUUUUAUUCUCGUAUACUCCAAGGUACAUUAUACUUCAUCCAUUUAGUUCUCUCUUUUUAUCUUGUAACUUUGUACUUUACAACUGACAUCUUUGUUUGCACAACUCUGUUAAGUCAAAUGCAUUCCUACACGUAUCAUUUAACCAAGGGAGAGGACCUGACCUGUGGUCGUCUAAGGACAGUAUCUCUGGUACACCAUUCAUGUUGUUGGUUUUUUCACCUCCUUUAGCAUUUUAGCAAACUGUUUAGGUUGUUCUACUGUGCAAUAUUUGUUCCAUUCCUGUUGAUUCAGAUUUUUAGUGAGUUUUCUUCUGGGUGGUCUAGCAACGAGAGUAAUCUGCCCCUGUCUUUUUGUCAUUAGUCUAACACUGGGGUCUCCAAACUUUUCAGCCCGAGGGCCGCAUUGACUAUCAAAGUUCAGUUCGGGGGCCAGUUUCUUCCAGACAUGUCUUUGAUUUUUCUGGGAAAAGUUCCUCAGCUAUCACCGACAAACGUUUUUGCGUGGACAAAAAGAUCUCCGCGGGCCGCAGUUUGGAGACCCCUGGUCUAACAGAAUCUUUUAUCUACAUUUGUUUGUUUUUUAAGAUACAGUAAAAACUCAUGUGAAGUUAUCAGAGUUUUUCAGCUUGAUAUUAAUUUGUUAAUUAUGUUUUUAUAAAGCAUGUACAUGUUCAACUCAUUCAUCGUAUUUAAAAAAAUCAUCUUUUUGUUUUUUAGUAAUAAGCAACUAAAACUAUGCCAGAAAGGAUUUUUUUUUUAAUAUUCAGUUACCAGAAAUUUUAAAAGUAUAUUCCCUGUGCUAAAUUAAGUAGCAGAAGUAUUUUGUGUUGGUGCAUUGGUUUAUUCCUAUUGUGUAUAUAACUGUGUAGUAUCUUGAGCAUUAUGUACUGUGUUAUACAUGCUAUAGGAUCAUUAAAUGAUUACCUUAC